ACACCCUCCCACAAUAGGGGUCCCUUCCGCACUUUUCUCUCCCUACCGCAAAUAGUUUCUUCCUCCGAAGAACAGCACUAGAUUUUCCCUACCCACUGUCGGCUUUUCAGUCCAGGGUGCGCUAGCCGCCGCGGCCGGAGCGCCUGAGGCCUGGGCGGGAAGCGCCGGACUAGCCCACUGCGCGACCGCUUUGGCCGAAGAGAGGGCUCUCAACAAUUCCGCCUCUCUCCUAAGCGAAGGAGCUGCAGCUCCAAGAUGAGCGAAGAGAAUCCAGCCAGCAAGCCUACGCCGGUGCAGGACGUGCAGGGCGACGGGCGAUGGAUGUCCCUGCAUCAUCGAUUUGUGGCGGACAGCAAAGACAAGGAACCCGAAGUCGUCUUCAUUGGGGACUCCUUGGUCCAACUAAUGCACCAGUGCGAGAUCUGGCGAGAGCUCUUCUCUCCUUUGCACGCACUUAACUUUGGCAUUGGUGGCGACAGCACACAGCACGUACUGUGGCGGCUGGAGAACGGGGAGCUAGAACACAUCCGGCCCAAGAUUGUGGUGGUCUGGGUGGGCACCAACAACCACGGGCACACAGCAGAGCAGGUGACCGGUGGCAUCAAGGCCAUUGUGCAGCUGGUGAACCAGCGGCAGCCACAAGCUCGGGUCGUGGUGCUGGGCCUGCUUCCAAGGGGCCAGCACCCCAACCCACUUCGGGAGAAGAACCAACAGGUGAACGAGCUGGUACGGGCAGCGCUGGCAGGCCACCCACGGGCCCACUUCUUAGAUGCUGACCCUGGCUUUGUGCACUCUGAUGGCACCAUAAGCCAUCAUGACAUGUAUGAUUAUCUUCACCUGAGCCGCCUAGGCUACACACCUGUCUGCCGGGCCUUGCACUCACUGCUUCUGCGUCUGCUGGCCCAAGACCAGGGCCAGAGUGUCCCUCUGCCAGAGCCCACACCCUAAGCAUACUGCCUUCCCACAUUAAAUUCUCCUUCCUCAGUC